GGUUCGGCUGUGACAGCGACAGCUUUUGUUUCCGUGCAUGUGAGGUUGGAAGUGCAAAGCUCCGGGAUGUACACCACCGGGCUCAACCCGUUCUACGCGUCCAAUUUCAGCCUUUGGUCUGCGUACUGCGCAGGAGGUUUCGCGGUGGACGCCGGCAAGAAACCGUCGUUUUGCAUCGCGGAGCUCCUCCAGGCCGGCGACGCGGAAAACUUGCCAGGCUCCUCGGCCCUCAUGGUGCAUGUGGGCCCGCACCGAGCGUCCUCCGGCGGCUCCCCGCUGCGUCCCUCCCCGGUCGGGCCCGGGGGGGAGGCUCACGCGUCGGUGUUCGGGGCGAGGGUGAGCCCCGGGUCCCCGUACCACAGACAAGGACUACAGCUGACCUCUGUGCCCAGAGCUGCGCUCAACUCCUCGCAGGCUCCUGCGCCUUCAAGCAAAGACCUCAAAUUUGGAAUUGAUCGGAUAUUGUCCUCGGACUUUGACCCAAGGGGCAAGGACAAGUUAAGAGAUCUCACGUCCAUCGUUAGCUCCAACCGUCAGUCAGGCGUGCACAUCCCCGUUCAGCCUGUGGCCAGCCAGUACUUCUCCUCCAUAGAGCCCGGGAUGAGCGACGCCUGCGCCAUGAUGAGUACACUAGGCAGCAGCGGCAGACAAUCAGGCCAGCAUCAGUUUCAGGACACCUUCCCAGGUCCGUACGCCGUGCUCACGAAGGACACCAUGCCGCAGACGUACAAGAGGAAGAGGUCGUGGUCCAGGGCGGUCUUCUCCAACCUGCAGAGAAAAGGCCUGGAGAAGAGGUUCGAGAUCCAGAAGUACGUCACCAAGCCGGACAGAAAACAGCUGGCGGCCAUGCUCGGACUGACGGACGCGCAGGUGAAAGUGUGGUUCCAGAACCGGCGCAUGAAGUGGCGACACUCCAAGGAGGCGCAGGCCCAGAAGGACAAGGACAAGGAGCAGCCGGACGGGACCAACGAGUCCGCCAGGGACCCCAAAGAGACCGCAGAGUCGGAGUGCGACAGCGACGAGCGCAGCGAGUGCGAGUCCGACGACGCGCCGGACGAGGACAAAACCAACGCCACGCGCGAUUUGGACCUUUGUGAGCACAACAAAACCAGCGUGAUCAUGAACGCCGGCGUGGAGGCGUCCCACUCGGACUCCGUUUCUUCUUCUUCUUCUUCCUCUUCUUCUUCUUCUCCCCCCCAGCUGCUAAUAUGAAGCGUUUCAAGCUCGUGGACUCCUGCGUGCAUCCAUGCGUGUACUUCUUGGAGCCAAGUGAUUUGAUCAUGACGGACACAAUUCAAGUAGGCUUUCCCUGAAAGAAGCUCCCCCCCCCCCCCCCCCCAGCCCCCCACUCGACUUCAGCUUGUAUGAUGCUUUCCUCAGAGGGUUAAAAAAAGAGAGAGAAAGAAGACAAAGAGUAAAAGAAGAAAUUGUAAAUGUUAUUGUGCAAGCACUCCUUUCUUUCACGUGGUGUAGAUGAAAUCUCAGAAUACACACAGUGUACAUGUCCUUUUGUGUGUUGUGCUAUUUUGGUAAUAUAAUUUGCACUGAAAAUAUUGUAAAUAAAAGUUUUUUUUCUCCA